AUGGCUUUCCUGCUAUUCCAUAUCUUCAACUAUCCCUGGUCAUUCUACCCAGGUCCGCUUGAUUACAUCCCCACAGAUAAAAACUCAUCGCAAAUUGGCGGGUGUAUUACCCGUCGUAUGAAUGGAACACUGUACUCUGAAAUCCUUGGCCCGCCGAAA